UCUACAGGUAGCUAGGUUUCAUGUCGUCAUAAUUGUCGUAACGAGUGAAGUUGGUGUCUUGCGCGCCUGCCCUGUCCUGUCCUGCCUCGUCCUGUCCUCACUGCGUCAUGGCGACAGCGCCGAGGAAGAAGUUACGCAUUUCUUAAUCGGACUUUGUGUGAAUAUGUCACUCUGACAGGCAACGGAACCAUGUUAUGGUGGAUGAAAGUGUUUCAGAGGUACCAGAGGCCGUAGUCUCAAAGAGAGGUGGCCCUUUUAAAAUGGAGGAGCUGUCUCUAAUGGCACUGCUGGAGUGUCCUCUGUGUUUGGAGCAGCUGGAUGUGUCAGCCAAGGUCCUGCCCUGCCAGCACACUUUCUGUAUGACCUGCCUGCAGAGGCAGAAGGCAGCCCACUCCCAGCUGCUCUGUCCACAAUGUUGUGCCCCUGUCUCAGCCAGGACAGUGGAGGAACUUCCUACAAACCUCCUGCUAGUGCGGCUCCUGGAGGGGCUCCAGGGCUCCGUGGGGCCCAGCAGCAACAGACACAUAGGCCGCUAUGCAGUGCCCUUGUCCUGGGGCAGCGUGACAGUCAAGGAGGGUCAGCAGCAGCAGCAGCAGAGUCAACACAGAGAGACGCAAGGCCACAAUGAGCUUGCUGCCAGAGCUUCGAUGCGAAACCAACGAGGUGAUACAUCAGGAGAGCCGGUCCUCGUGCCUGGUAACAGUAUCACCUCGAAACACAAAACAGAUGAAAACUGGCACCAAGGAAAUGCCUGUGACAGCAGCAGUGUGUCUGUCACUGCCAGCGCGCUGCAGGCUGUCAGCCAGAUGCCUCAGCUGCAGCCCCUCCAGCAGUCCCAGCCGCUGGCUCUCUGCAGGGCGCUGUACAACUUUAAUCCAGAAGAAAUGAAUCUCGAAGACAGUAAAUAUUGUCUCAGCUUCCUCAAGGGAGACGUCCUCACUGUCAUCAGACGUGUGGAUGACCACUGGAUUGAAGCCAAGCUAGGAGACAAAGUUGGAAUUUGCCCUCAGCAGUUUACAGAGCCAAACACAGUGGCUGCCAAACUGCUAGAGGGAAAGAGUCGGAGGGUGAGUGACUCAGCAGAAUUUCACCAUCGGACUGGGAGCGGGGGCAAAGACAAGGCCACUGACGCAUCCAAUAGGACCACCCAUUACGGAGUCCCUAAAGUCCCAGCUAAGACACCCAUGAUCAAUGCUUUGCCCCUCUCCAGCCAGCGGAAACAGCCCGCAGCCAGCAGCAGCAACUUUUAUCAGACGACCAAAGGAGAAACAACCCACAUCAGCACCAUCAACAGCUUCAGCCAUCAGGGUCAGCCACACCGCCUCUCUGUGCACUCUGCCGCCCAGGGCCACUCUCACCCCUCCCGAGUGAAUUCUCAUCGAAGUAGACGCCACUCUGACACUACGCACAGACACCUGUUACAGAGUGAGAAGAAGAUGACCAGCGAGACUCCACCCACCAUCUCUAUGGCUCUGGUGAACCCCCAAAUGUCCUCUGCCUCCGCAGACAGCAAAAACUCCUCCACGCAGCAGCUUUCCAUCAGUGUGUGUGCUGUCCUGUACUCUUACAAACCACGACAGCCAGAGGAGCUGGAGCUGAGGAAAGGAGAGAUGGUGGGCGUGUAUGGAAAGUUCAAAGAAGGCUGGCUGCGUGGGCUAUCGCUCAGAACGGGCAAAGUGGGUAUUUUGCCCAGCAACUACAUCACGCCUGUACUCAGAACCUCGGCCAGACUCCUGGAGACCAAAGCAGCCAAUGCUUCCUCACAGUACAACACAGUAGCUGGAAAGAAACCUACUGCUGCUAAGAAUCCUGCUGUGGUCCUCGCUCUUGAUAGGGUGAAUGCUGAUGGAGCAAUAUACUCAACAGGACAGGUCCCCUCUGUACCAAAUGGAGCACAGCAUGCUACAUCAUCCGCUGGCACUGGAAAACCGUCCUUCUAUGGGGGUUCACAAGGUUGGGACACUGUGAGGCGUAUCUUUAAUCCUCAUAGAGGCUCGAACCAUUUAUCCUAUACGUCCACUUUGAACGUCCCAUCCAACUCACAGCACUUUGCACAAGUUCAGGCGUCUGGCUACUCACCUGCCAUGCAGAGAAAGAAAAACAGCAGCAUCCUGUCCAACUCUGGAAGACCACUAGGCUGGAUGACUGAGCGAGCAGCACCCUCUGCUGCUGCAGUCCUGAAGGACAGGGACUUCACUGCUUCACGUGAAGCAACAUUUCAGCAUGACAGACAGCCUACCAAUGGGCCUCACUCAAUUCUAGUCAGACCUGACUCACACAAGAACAAUACAGACAAGCCUGCAAAGUCAGUACGGUUCCUCACAGAAGAAGACUCCCCUCCUCCAAGGCCUCGGACCUCCUCCUGGUCCUCAGGAAAUCAGGUUCCCGCCAACUGCCGACCAGGUCCCCCUCCGUUAGAAGUUUGGGCCCCAUCGCUCACCCUGGGAAGAGAUGGACCAGGAAUCAUUCUCAAAGAAGGAAAAGCUCCUAUUCUCAGGAAAGGCAUCGAAACAGCCAUCUCAGACCUAAAUUCUAACCCACAAAAAACGAUGCCGUCACAGCUGUUGCUACCAGCUGUAUCAGCUCAGUUCAGCCCAAGCAGACACAGAGUGACCACAACGCAUUUAGCCCAAAAGGACUCCGAGCUCAGUCUGCUUCAAGGAGAGCUCGUCCUCGUCCACAGACUUCGACCCGACGGACGGGUUCUGGUUACUCAGGAGAGCAGUGGGCAGACAGGCUUAUUCCACAGCAGUGUUCUUCAAGCCCUCGAGAGGCUCAGCUGACUGUGUGGUACUGGUGUAGUGUAUAUUUCUAUAUUCCAUGUGUUCAAACUGCCAAAUGACUUGACUGACCUGCUGAAAAGCCAAAUGUGUGUUGAGGUCCAAAGGUUAAUACUGCCAAAUGACAAUCCUAUGAAGGAGGUGUUUAUUUUUGUCUUGACUACAUAUGAGAGUGUGGUUAAAUUCUCCAGAGAUAUAUUUUGUGUCCUUCAAUGUGUGUGCAUGUUUGUGACACACAUACCAUGUACUAUACUUAUAAGAUUUUGCACAAAAACCCACCUAAUGACUGUUCCUUGUUUAAUACCCAUGUUACACGCAUUGGUGAGUGCCUUUGUCAAAACCCACAAAGAAAACAAACUAUAUUUAAAUAUAUUUAGACAAAUUAUGAUGUAAAUUAUCUGUACU